GGAAUCUCACACACAUGCACGCCGCGGCGCGCUCCACUCCCACACUGCACGCGGGAUCCGCGCGCUGGACAUGAGGAGGACCUCAUCCCGAGCCUGAUUUCCUGCGGUCCCGGCCAUCUGUGUGGCUUCGCUUCGACUCUUACAAAAUGACACAGCCGCAGACGAUCACGGAGCUGGAGCAGAGCUGCAGUAUAUCAAAAAAGAACAUGAUCACCAAAAUUUUUAAAGUUCGCAAAAGAAGAGAAAUGCUGUUUGUGCAGGUGUGCUUCAUCUGCAGCGUCCUGUUCGCGGCGUGGUGUAUGUCGGUGCUGCUCACUAAAACGGGUCAUGGGCUGGUGCUACAGGAGGGUUUUGCUGCUCCCAGAGAUCACUUGGGCCGAAGGCUCAUGGCCAUAGCGGGAGACAAUGAGACUGAUGAGAAGAACUGCACACAACCAGCCAUCCACGAGUUCCCCGAGGAUGUAUUCACCAACAAACAGCGUACACAAGGAGCUGUCCUGCUACACAUAUUUGCGGCUUUAUAUAUGUUUCUGGCCCUUGCUAUUGUCUGUGACGACUACUUUGUGACCUCCCUAGAGAAGAUCUGUGAGAAACUGCACCUGAGUGAAGAUGUAGCAGGAGCGACCUUCAUGGCAGCUGGAAGCUCCGCCCCAGAGCUGUUUGCCUCUAUAAUUGGUGUGUUCAUUACACAUGGAGAUGUGGGGGUGGGAACCAUAGUGGGCUCAGCAGUGUUCAACAUCCUGUGCAUCAUCGGCGUGUGUGGGAUAUUUGCGGGGCAGGUUGUUUAUCUCACCAAGUAUGCUGUAUUCAGAGACUCGAUCUACUACAUUUUUUCUGUGGUUGCCCUUAUUACAUUCAUUUACGAUGACAAGAUUUUGUGGUGGGAGAGUCUGAUACUGAUUCUCAUGUAUUUUGGCUACAUCAUCAUAAUGAAGUUUAACACUAGCAUGCAGAGCUACUUUGUGGGGAAGGAAGACAAGGGCGUUGGCAACGGUAACACGGUCAUCAGCGAGAUGGAGGAUGGUAAUGAAUGUUAUGGGCAGUUUUGGGAUGAUGCAUCAUGGCCGUUACUCAGCCCAGUAAAGCCCAGUAAAACAUACUCUAGGGGCUCUGUUGUGAUGGUGGACGAGAUGAUAAAUUCAAGCCCUCCACAUUAUCGGUUCCCCGAGGCCGGCCUCAGGGUCAUGAUCACCAACCACUUUGGACCCAAGACACGUCUGCGCAUGGCAAGUCGACUUAUCAUCCAUGAGCAGCAGCGGCUAGUGAAGACAGCCAAUGGGGUGGAUGCAGUGCUGGUGGCUGAUAAGAAAGCUGACACCAUGGAAAAUGGCAAUGUAGCGGAGGACAAACUCUCUGAGGAGCUGGAGAGUGAGAUGUCAUCUCCUUUCAGCUUGCCUGGAGGCAGUUUGGAUAAAGUGAAGUUUUUCAUUUCCUGGCCCAUUUUGGUGUUGCUGUACUUCACCGUGCCCAACUGUGCCAAGCCACGGUGGGAGCGUUGCUUCAUGCUUUCCUUCUUCCUCUCGACUCUGUGGAUAGCUAUCUUCUCCUAUGUCAUGGUGUGGAUGGUCACAAUCGUUGGAUACACACUUGGAAUCCCAGAUGUCAUUAUGGGUAUAACUUUCCUGGCUGCUGGCACCAGCGUUCCCGACUGCAUAGCCAGUCUUAUUGUCGCACGGCAAGGCCUGGGGGACAUGGCUGUCUCAAACUCGAUUGGCAGCAACGUCUUUGAUAUCCUGGUUGGGCUCGGCGUUCCCUGGGGCAUCCAGACAAUGGCUGUCAACUAUGGCUCUGUGGUUGAAAUCAACAGUAGAGGAUUGGUUUACUCCGUUGUUCUGCUAUUAGGUUCAGUUGCAUUAACCGUGUUGGGGAUCCAUGUGAACAGGUGGAGGUUGGACUUCAAGCUGGGCGUGUACGUGCUUGUUCUGUAUGCCAUCUUCCUCUGCUUUUCCGUCAUGAUCGAAUACAACGUCUUCACGUUUGUCAACCUGCCCAUGUGCCAUGAGGAUCUCUAGGCCAGAAGAUUUUCAUGGGUUUGAACCAAAAUACCUCCAGGAUAGACCAAAAUUUCCAAUGAUUCUGCUGUUUCCUCUGUUUAAUCUCUUUACUGAGCUGUUACUGUUGAAGAAAACCACUGUCUCCCACUUCACAUUUAAACCACUGGGGUUCAGAUGGAAGAACUGCACUUCCCAGAAUACCAUUGACUCUCUCCAUCAAUUCCAGGAAAUUAAAUUCUCCUUGGCAGCUCUCUUUAUAACUGGAAAUUCUUCCACUUCUGAACCUUGGACAAUCACAAUGCAACCCGUAAUUGUCUUUACUGAAUUGACAAUUGUCUAUACAGGAUUCAAACUGUACUCUUUCAUCACAAACUGCACACACGGCAAUGACAAAGAAUGCUGCUCAUUCCUGUAUGCAUUAGCAAUCUACAUUUUCUAAUUUCUGUCUUCCCUUGAGACACUCUUUGACAUGAACAUGAACAUAAUGCACUUUAUAUGUAGCGUAAAACAUCUAUAUCACAUUAAUUUAUUUCCUCCAGUACGGGAAAAUGAAAGUACGUCCUUGAUGUGGUGCAAUAAAAAGAUGGAACUGAACAUGAAAUCACUGCCCUCGGGCAAGAAAGUGAUUCUCGCAGCUCGUUACACACAAGAAAACU